GCAUACACACACAUAUAAUAUUAUACCGUAGCAAAAAUCGAAUUUAAGUUUUUGGUUAAGCAUUGUUUUCUAAUUGAAAACUGCGCGCGUUACGAAUGGAAAGUCUGUGCUAUAUAUUAUAUAGGCGAUGAUAGAAUGAGAGGGAUCGAGAGAGGGGGAGGAGAGAAAAGAGAGAGAAAGGAAGAAAAAUCGAACAAGUUGUAAAGCGCGCACGCAUGAGAGCGGCGCAACAGGAUGCGCACGCAGAUCCGGGUGUGGAAUAUAGGCCGGCUCGUGUUUUCUUCCCUUCGUGCAUAGGAUCCUGUCGCGGAAGGCAGACCUUCGCUUUCGUUUAGCCAGUUAUUGACGGUUUUUUGCAAAAGAGCAAGAGAGAGAGAGAGUAAGAGAGAAAGAGAAAGAGAGAGAGAGAGAGAGAGAGAGAGAGAGACAGACAGAGUGUGUCGAUGGGCAGUAGACAAAAGAGACGGACGUUGCGAGACGUGUUUGACGUAUUAUUGAAGCUUGAGAAAGUCGGCUGUUGGGAUCACAUAGAACAAUAAUUGAUCAUUCUCGAUCUUCGUCACGUGAGCCAAGCUCAAGUGUAGUCCCAAGACAAGAUCCGCUCGAUUGGGAGCAGCUCGUUGCCGAGUUGAUUUGGAAGAUAAGACUGCGCAUGACUCGUUCAAAGCAGCAACAGCAACGCACGAGACUUUCCACGAAGCAACGCUCAAACGUCCGGCUUUCACCAUUACGAGCCCAAGAUCCCCGAAAGUCACGGCGAUGCCGCCGCAAGAGUCGUUCCUCCACCAGGACCCGCAGGCCCGUCAGCAGGCCAACGAGCAGCGCUUCGGCGAGAUGGCGAGUGCAAUAGACGAGUUGCGCCGUCAGCUGACGGAUGUCCAAACAGAGAUGGAGCGACAGACAGCGCUCUAUGACCUGGAGCGCACGCAGCUGCAGAAGGAGCGGCGCGCGAUGCACGAGGAACGCCUGCGGAUGGCCAACCUGCUCGGCGAUAAACUGCAGAGCGCCACGGAGACCGAGCAGGCCGUCAGGCUGAGAAUGAAGACUCUGCAGGACACACUCCAGAUGAUCAAGCAAAAGAACUCUACGCUGUUAGCAUGCAGCCAGGCCAAUACCGUGGCUCUUAGAGACUACGCAGUUGAAAGAUACGAAGAGCAGCCUGUUGCGUCGCACUAUCUGCAGGAGAGGCAAAGGGUAGACGCUGACGCGGCCGCUAGAGCCUUCGAGGAAAGGUUGCAGAUUACAGAACGGGUCGACCUUGGCAACGACUCCGAUAUUCCGAUCGAUCCUAGGACCGAUGAGGCAUUUUCAGAUAUUCCAGAGUACUGUAACAUUCAAGAGAUGCAGCAAUUUUGGGAUGAGCGUCAUCGAGUUGCCGCAGCAUCGCAGAGCUCGACCGAGAAUCAUCAAGGAAAUGAUAAAGUUAGAUGGGAUUUGAAAGAAUGCAUUGAUAGCACCGACUAUAUGAAAUCUUCUACCUCGUUCAUGGAAUCAUAUCCAUUAGCUGUAAUGAAGUUGCAUAGUUUCAUCGAAGAAAUAGAAAAGCUAGUUGAAACUCCAAAGUCUUCCAGGGAUAUUCAUUUUUAUCGCAAACUCAAAUCCAAAAAUAGACUUAUGAGAAUGUCCUAUCGGGUUUUCUUUGAAAAUCUCAAGAGAUACGGCACGCAAGAAGAUGUCGAUAGAUUUCGAGAAUUAGACGAGAAAAGUUUGAAUGUCUUGGAGCGAGCAAAUAAGGAACUUGACGAUUUAAAAAAAAUAAAAAUGUUUAGGUACACGUUCAAUGCUGAACGCGCCAAACAGAUGAGAAUUACGGAAAACAAAUAAAGUUUAUUGUCUAAUAUUUAUUAAACUGACUUUUCAACUUGUGUAAUUCAAGUUUUACAAUUUUUCUAACUGGAGCAAGAACGAUUCUCCACGAGUAAAUUAAUUUAAAUUAUAGUAAAUUAAUUUAAAUUUACUCGUAGGGAAUUAAAUUGGAAUUAAAAUUGGAAAAUUCUCAAAGUUUAAUGUUUAUGGUUCCAGUUGAUAAUACAGGCACAAUAAAUAGAGGACCAUUGAAUUAUUCGUUCAACUUGUUGCGGAUUUUUGCGUGUUAAUGUGAUUUAUGAAGACUGUCGAAUUUUAUUGAACUACUUAUUUACAACCUGCAUCAUUUUAACAAAUAUAGACUAGCCAACUCUUUGUUAUAGAUUCAUUGUUACUAUUUAAUCUAAAAUCUUUGAAUAUUAUACUUCCUGAUGUAAAAUUCUACAUAAUUUUCAAAGUUUAUUUAUAAUAAUAAACUAUAGAUUUAGUUUAAUGAAUUGUUUGAUUACAUAUCGAUGUUCUUUAAUAAUUCACUUUAUGUGAACCAAAUGGCAAUUUAAAAUAUGCCGUUCAAUGUUGUAAAUUAGUAUAUCUUAAAGAAGUGGAAUAUUUCAUUCACUAUAACUAUAUUAAUGUUGUGAACGAAGAAGCCGCUAACACAAAGAUGAUAAACAUAAAAAUGACGUAAUUUUUAAUGUCGAGUCCAUACGAAUUACAUACGGAAUUUCCAAUUGUUGGAUAAAAUAAAUAAAAUGUAUUUAUCUAAGCGUAUGUUCGAUGUGCGUUUGCAAGUUUAUUAUAUUUACAGAUGUGUGCGGGCGUGCGUGCAUGCGCGUGUGUGUGUGUGUGUGUGUGUGUGGAGUAAGAGGGGGGAAGAGAGUGAUUUAAAUAUGAUUUUUUGUGAUGUCGACGUUGUUUAAUAUGUUGUACAGAAAAUAUGAAAAAAUAUAUAUCUUGGAAUUAUUUUAAAACAAUAAAAAUAUUUGUGAUUGUAUUGUUAUUUGAAAACAUUCUAUCUGAAAAAAAAUCUCCGAUUUAUUUCAAGCUAUACAAAAGGAAGAGCUACUUUUUUUUCUGUGGUCUAUCUUUACAAAGAGAAAGCACAAUUUUACAUUUGUAAUAAAAAUUACAAUUUUUAUUAUUAUUUAUAGAUGUAUUAGGCAUCAUAUAUAAUCAAAUUAUAAAAGUUAUGCGCACAUACGGAAUCAGUUAAACCAAAUCCAAUGGGAAUAAGUAGCAUAAUUAAUUUUAUAUCCAUGGACUGUUACAAAUUUUUUCUAAUCAGAUUACACCUAAUUUUUGGUGUGCAGAAAAUCGCGCACGGUUGUAUUAUAUACAACCUAUUAUGUACAGUAAAUUUCGUCAAUUUGUUUUUACACAAGGAGUAUUUUUAGAGUUGUGCAUCGGAAU